AACCGUAUUACGUAACGAUUUUGAUUAACAAAAACCAGAAGAAUCUAACCGAAACCGUUGACUCAUUUAAUUAACAUUUCAUAAUUUUUCAGCUCCGCUUAUAAACAUCCAACCACCACCACGUAAGCAUCUCCUUCUUCUUCCUCACUCUAUCUAAACCCUAAUCCAUCUCUUCUCUCUCUCUUCCUUUCUUGAUCAAUCGCUUUCUCUCUGUCUUUGUUCGAUGGUUUUAAGCUGCUCUUUCUAGGGUGUUGCAAGGAUAUUAUGUCAGGCAUGGAGGAUACCAAAGAGCAGGAACAACUUGAGUCUGAGAAAUCCAUGCCAUCAUCCCAAGAGGAGGAGGCUGCUGUAAAGAAAAAGUAUGGUGGAAUUAAGCCCAAAAAACCACCACUCAUUUCUAAGGACCAUGAACGUGCUUACUUUGAUUCUGCCGAUUGGGCACUUGGAAAGCAAGGUGGUGAGAAGCCGAAAGGACCCCUUGAAGCUCUUAGGCCAAAAUUGCAGCCCACACAACAGCAAACUCGAUACCGGAAGUCUCACUAUGCCCCUUCAGAUGGUGAAGAUGGUGGAAGUGCUCCAUCAGAGGAUUCACCUGCUAAUGAAUGAGAGAUGGCUGGUAGUAAUUUGGUCUCAUGAAGACCAUGACUGUUAUUCUGGUACCUAUAUGGGAAAAUGAGUAAUUUAAUGUUACUGCCAAAUAAAUUGAUGUUAUUUUUGUGUUAUUAGCAAAGAAGAAAUACAAUACACCAAAUAUUUUUUCACUUUUGAGACUGGUGUGAAUUGUUACUUUUAAGACCGUCAAAUCAGAAUCUGAUUACACCA